CUGUGGAGUUUAGGUCCCUGGCUGCGCCGCUGACCACGUUGGGCUCAAAGUCCUGAUGCAAACCCCACCACCUCCACCACCUGUCCAUCCUUCAGAGGGGUUUGCUCGCCGCCCUCGCUGAAUGAUGGUGUCAUCGGAACCCGAAAACGCACCUUUGCAACCCUCUUCGGCUUCUGACGUCCCAGCCCAGACGUCAUAGCCCUGCGGAAGUGGAAGUGAGGGCUGGGGGACUUCGAGGAGCUCAUGGAGCCCAGAGGGACCAGGAGAAGAGCCGAGAAGCCAGAAGUAGCUGAACCUCCGAACAAGCUCCCCCAUGCAGCACCCUCCCUGCCCACGAAGCCUGCCCUCUACUCUGGUCCCUUUCCUUUCUACCGGCGCCCUUUGGAACUUGGCUGCUUCUCCCUGGAUGCACAACGCCAGUACCACGGAGACGCCCGAGCCCUCCGCUACUACAGCCCGCCCCCCACCAACGGCCCAGGCCCCAACUUUGACCUCAGAGACGGAUACCCUGAUCGAUACCAUCCCCGGGACGAGGAUAUCCGAGAAGGGCUGGACCACUUACUGCGCUGGCUUCUGGAACACCGAGGCCAGUUGGAGGGGGGUCCCGGCUGGCUGGCAGGGGCCAUAGUGACCUGGCGGGGGCACCUGACGAAGUUGCUGACCACACCGUACGAGCGGCAGGAGGGCUGGCAGAUGGCAGCCUCUCGGUUCCAGGGGACGCUGUACCUGAGUGAGGUGGAGACGCCGGCCGCGCGGGCUCAGAGGCUCACUCAGCCACCCCUCCUCCGGGAGCUGAAGUACAUGGGGUACAAGUUUGAGCAAUACAUGUGCACAGACAAACCCGGAGGCUCCCCAGACCCCUCUGGGGAGGUUAACACCAAUGUGGCCUUCUGCUCCGUGCUACGCAGCCGCCUGGGGAGCCACCCCCUGCUCUUCUCAGGGGAGGUUGACUGCACAGACCCCCAGGCCCCAUCCACACAGCCCCCCACCUGCUACGUGGAGCUCAAGACCUCCAAGGAGAUGCACAGCCCUGGCCAGUGGCGGGGCUUCUACAGACACAAGCUUCUGAAGUGGUGGGCUCAGUCAUUCCUCCCAGGGGUCCCGAAUGUUGUCGCUGGCUUCCGCAACCCAGAGGGCUUUGUCUGUUCCCUCAAAACCUUUCCUACCAUGGAGAUGUUUGAGCACGUCAGGAAUGACCGUGAUGGCUGGAAUCCUUCCGUGUGCAUGAACUUCUGUGCUGCCUUCCUGAGCUUUGCCCAGAGCACAGUUGUCCAGGACGACCCCAGGCUCGUGCACCUCUUCUCCUGGGAGCCCGGAGGCCCAGUCACCGUGUCUGUCCAUCGAGAUGCACCUUAUGCCUUCCUGCCCACAUGGUAUGUGGAAGCCAUGACCCCAGACCUCCCGUCACCCCUCAAGGACUGACGCCGCAGGGGUAACUGUUUCUGUGCAGAAAAUAAAUGUGUUUCUAAGUGGUUCUC